CCCCCUCCCACUCCUGGGCGCGUGAGUCGGCGGAUGACGUUCGCGAUGAACGUGCUGGAGCAACGGCACCGGCAGCUCGAGCGGGCGAUGCGCGGCAAGGAAGAAAGGAUUGUUCAGCUAGAAACUGAAAAUGCUCUGCUUCACCUGAAACUGGCAAAAUGUCAUGGAUCAAUGAGAGACAGUAGAGAAGAAGCAAUGUGUUCACACAGGCAUUUAGAGGAUAUGCAGGUGAUUCAGAGAGAUGUCAGUAUUCAACUGUUUGCAGCAAUAAAGGUCUUGAAGCAAGAGCUAAAGUCCUUGCAGUCACUGGCUAAAGACUUUGAGGAGUUUCAGGAGAAGUACAAGACAGCUUUGAAGGAAUUUUUAUCUGCCACUGAAAAACAACAUGUGAACAAUGUGGAUGUGAAUCAACUCCAAGAGCGAGUCUUUCAACUCGAAAAAUCUCUUCAGGAAGUUAAUGGUAGAUAUAAUGCUGAAAAGCAGAAAAGGAAGAUGCUUCACAAUGCCCUCACUGAAACUAUUCAAGUAAAAUGCAGUCGCUCUGGUCUUACAGCAGUAAACAAGAUGUUUGAAUUUGAACGUCUGAUGUCAGACAGGCCAUCUGAAACCUACUCUGUUGAAGUGUCUGUUGUGGAGGUGUACAACAAUGAUAUCGUCGAUCUACUGGAAAAAUGCAGUGGCGGGAACUUGCAUGUAAAACGAGAAGCUGAGACUACUCUUGCUGCUAGUAAUAAGAUCCCUUUUUUAGCUUCCAAACAUGUUGAGAAUCCUACAAGUAUUCUGAAUGUCAUCUCCCAUGGUUUACAACAUAGAGCCAAGCAUCCAACAUUAAUCCAUGCACAUUCCUCUCGGUCCCAUCUUGUGAUAACAAUUGCUAUAACCACUAAAGCCAUUGCUGACAAUAGAGCAGGGGGUGAUGCAAAAUUGUUGGUGAUGGUAUGUGUCUCACCCGGACAAAGAUAUAUUACAGAAUCUUUGCAGUCUUUAGGAUUUGGUUACCGAGCUCGGCAAAUACAGAAGGGUCAUGCAAGGAAGAUUCCAGCACGCCAAGAGAAUGGUGCGAGAAACAAAAAGCAUCAUCCAGUGAGCUCCAGCUCUGUGGGCAAAAAUGCCUAGUUAAUGAGAGAGGUUAGAGGAGAACGGCAAGACUAGCUCAAGCUGACAAGAAGGCAACACUAACUCAAAGACCCACGUGAGACAACAGUGGUGUGCAGAGGAGCAUUUCUGAAUGCAGAUCAUGUCAAACCUUGAAGUGGAUGGGCAACAGCAGGAGAAGAGCACAGCAGGUUCCACUUCUGUAGUCACUUUAGUCUGGACACUCCUAUACCUGAUUAAGUGCCCACUGAGUAUGUAACUGCUAAUUACUACCUUAAUAAAACUGCUUUCGUAGAUUUUUUUCAGUAUUUGUGUUGCUUUUUUAAACAUUUAAUGAUUCUUCUCUUACAAUUACAAAUUUAUACUUUGUAGAGAAUACUAGUGGAAUAUCUUCCCAAAAUAACCCCCAAGGAGCUCGUUGAAGUGUUUUCAGCUGACUCAUGUAUUAAAUAAAGAAAAGUAAAUACUAUGGACCCAGAAAUCUAAAACUAUGAAGGAAGAUUUAGGCAAGAUUCCAUGAAAUGUAAUACAUGCAGUCUUCAUGUUAAUAAUGAUCUUAAAAUAAAAAAAAACCUCCAGCUACAGCAAAAAAAUAAGGUUAAAUGCUACCAAAUAGUGGAGCAACAAAAAAUCUGUUGGAAGAACUCAGCAGGCCGAGCAGCAUCUCGAUUAGGAUCGACUUGGACCUAGGGGUCCAAAAUCCCCUUGGUGAUAGGAGGCAGGGUGAUGGUAAAAGGAUGUCUUUUUCUGAUUAGAAGCUUGUGACUGUAGGGAUU